CUCCAUUUCUUGGCGGGGAGCGGGCGUGCAGUCCCGAUCUCCGUUAUGUACGGAGGCAGAAGGAAAGGGCUCGAGCCCUCUCGGCGUCAUGUCUUCGGUGCCGGCGGCUUCUCGUACGCCGGUUCUAUCCUCAAGCGCCGGGACAUGCGUCCCCGAUCGAGGCGGAACAUGUGAAGCGCGGCGGUUCCCCUUCCGCGAGGGGCUCACACACCUCUCUCUGGUUCCAGGUCUGCGGUCGCCGCCCCGUGAUGGAGAGCUGACGUGUUUCCUCCCUUCAUGGUACUGUUGCCGCCAAUAAAGGCUGUCCACGCAGGUCGGUGUCCGCCUCCUUUACACCCGAGGCUCGGUCCGGGCAGGCUGUGCGGGCCAUCCCCCCACCCCCGCCACGUGAGCCAGCGCCGCGACCUUGCCGGCACCUCCGGAUGGCCGCGCUCCGCCCACCGCUCCCAGUGCCGACUCUGGCCCGAGCGCGCCGGAUGUUGGCCGCGGCGAGGUUGAAACCCAGCACCGGGUACCCUCCGCCUGCAUCCACAGGCUCUCUGGCCAGUAGCUGCCUGGCAGACCGCCGCCUCUGGGAUCGGCUCCACACCCAGCCCCGUCUGGCCGGUGUCCCCACUUUCGACUGGUUCUUUGGAUAUGAGGAAAUCCAGGAACUUCUCCUGCCUCUGCUGCAAGAGGCCCGAGCCACUGGCCCACUGCGGGUGCUGGAUGUGGGCUGUGGGACCUCUAGCCUCAGCGCGGGCCUCUAUACCAAAUCCCCACACCCUGUGGAUGUACUAGGUAUAGACUUCUCUGCUGUGGCUGUGGCCCACAUGAAUGGCCUCCUAGUGGGUGGCCAAAACCAAGCACCCCUACGCCCUGGGCACCCUGCCUCUUGCCUCCGCUUCAUGCAUGCUGAUGCCCAGAACAUGGCAUCUAUAGCUCCCUCGGGUUCCUUCCAACUAGUGUUGGACAAGGGCACCUGGGACGCUGUUGCUCGGGGUGGUCUCCCUGGGGCAUACCAGCUACUGUCAGAAUGCCUGAGGGUCUUAAGCCCUGGAGGGACCCUGAUUCAGUUCUCAGAUGAAGACCCUGAUGUACGACUGCCCUGCUUGGAGCAAAGAUCCCAUGGCCGAACUGUGACAGUGCAGGAGCUGGGUCCUUUCAAGGGCAUUACCUACUUUGCUUAUUUGGUAAAAGGUUCUCAAUAAAACAUGUUUUGGUCCCCAA